AUGUCGGAAACUGAAGUUAUCGUCAAACAUCGCUUCAAGUCUGUCCAACAUAUCAAGUCGUUCCCACUGGUCAAACAAACACACGGAUUUGUUGCAAAACUUCCUGCAGCAAGAGUUAUUGUGGCCAACACAAAACCUGUUUACAAAUAUGUUGCCAACUCGAAACCUGCCCAGUGGGUUGCACCUGUCACCAGAGCAGUAGAUUCUCUGGCAGACAAAGGCUUGGAAACUACCGAAAACCUGGUGCCAUGUUUGAAAGUCAAAACGUACGCAGAUCUUUACGAGGAUGCAACAACACCAUUUGUGUGCACAAGAAACGCAGUUGUGAAGGUUGCCAGUGCGGCUGUUGAUGCUGCUGACAACUAUGUCUAUGAGCCUACGCAUCAACAAGUCAUCAAAUUCCGGAAAUUUUACAAUGCCAAAUUCUACGACACGCACGGCAAGCCUUUGCUGAGAAGUUCGCUAGACCCUAUCGUUGCGCCCUAUAACAAGAAAUUAGAGCAAGCGACCAAACGUCGUUUCCCAGAGGGUAAAGAUGUGCCCACCAGCGGAUAUAGCAGUGAAAUAUCGCGCACUUUGGCUCUAACUCAUAACUUGCUGCACCGGAUGUCACCGGUAGCUCAGAAUAGACUGGUAAAUUUCGUUUUGCUGCCAUGCAGAUACACGCAGCAUGUGAACGACGUUUUCAACGAGAACUUGGACAAGCAAGAGAGUUUGAGUAUCAGCAACUCCUGGACGGCUUCCAUUGGUGCCGUCUCAAUUUUGCACAAGGAAACAAUUGAGUAUGUGAAGCGGGUGAGGGGAAGAGCUCACCAUAUCGCUCACGAAAAUGAAGUUGCAGUGGCCUCUGUCUGA